AACAGAACAGGCAGAAACAGAUACUUUAUUCGUGAGAUUUUGCCCGUCUGCUUACGAAAAAUUUAGCUCCAAUUCCCAAGAGUUACUCGAAAUUCGAAUUAUCUUAAACAUUCCUUAAAUUCGCCUUUGUUUGAACUUUGUUAAUGCAUUAUUUUCUUAAAAAAUGCACAAGAAACUAAAAUUGUCAAUCAUGUUUUGAAAAAUUGAUUUUCUCUCGGCCGUAUCAAAGUGUUUUUGUCUCCUCCUGUGUUGCUUAACCUAUGGUUUUCUUGUUUUGAUAUCAAAGUACCUACUACCUAUCUCGCUCUUUUGUUUAUAAAUUAUUACAUUUGAUUCAUGUAUAAAAGAGAAAGAACAAGAGUAAAUAAAUAAAACAAGAAAGCAAUAACACACAUAUAGUGUUUUUGCAGGAAAGUAUUGUGUUUGCUAUUUUCGUGUUCGCUUGUAGACACUGGUUAUUAGCUAAUGUUUUAUUUUUGCGUGAAAUGAAAAAUAUUGUCAAAGGAAAAUAUAUACGAGUCUCGCUCGACAACAAUCCAUCUUAUUUAUAAAGCAUAUUCUAAAAGAAAACCAAACCAAAGGACGCUUGUUUGUAAUAUCUACAAAAAGAAAAACACAACAGACAGAAAAAUACAACACGGCUGCAACGAUGGAAUAAACAUUGAAACAUGCAAUGAAAAAAAGGAUUUAAACGAUUUAAAAUCAAAAAUGAUGAAAAUGAUUGACUCGGGCCAUAUACGUUAUGCUUAGAGCUUGCUUCUUAGUUCUUUCAUUCCGAACACAGUAUACCUGUAUACCUCAUUAAAAAUCCUCCGAAAGACUUGAUUGGUCAAAAUUAUAUAUAUAUAUAUAUAUAUUUAUAAAAAUAACAAAAAUAAAACAAGAAAACCAUACACCUAAAAGGCGAUAAUGGACGAUGAGAUUUUAAAAACAGUUCAUUCAAUAUUCGGCAAAAGCGUAAAAAUAGUCGAUUGUGAGAAAACGUCAUCUGUAAGUCAGGAAGAAGUUCUUCUUAUUAAUGGAAUUCCUGUCACUCUAGAUGGACACGAUAGCGAAGAAAUCAAAAAUGCGCUACUUACCGGCCAAGUGCCAUCAGUUGAACUAUUGAAUCAAUUAUUAUAUCAAGCUGGAAUCUUGAAACAAUCAGUUCAAUUGGAAACAUCAUUGUCAGUUAAAUCGUCUAUGGUUACAACUGAAGAGGUUUCAGUUGCAAGAGGCGGUCAAAUAGUUGAUGGUCGGUCAAGUGAAACUAGAGAAGAUUAUGUCUAUAGUAGUUCGAAGAAAGAAAUUUGGAAGCCAAUAACAACAACAACAACAAAAGUAGCCACAGCAGAAACUAUGUCACAAACACCAAGAUUUUCAUUGCCAAGUGAACAGCCAUCAACUAAAAUAUCUGGGGGUGCUAUAGGUGGUCGAUAUGAGGAAAGUUGUAGUGUAACUUCUGCUUUGCCAUCUGAACCGCGGAUAUCGGGCUUAAGCGGGCCGUUAACAACAUCCAACUUUAUGAGUAAAUCUUUAAGUAGCAGAAGCGGUAGCAGUGGAAACUAUCAAUAUACCUAUGAUGUCAAAGGCAAUGGAAAUGAAAAUGAUGAUGAAGAUGAUGAUGACGAUGAUGAUGAAGAUGGGGAGUUGUAUUUAUUAAAUCCACCACAGUACAAUGGAAGUUCUGUAUUACCAACAACGACAACUACAACAACGUCACAAUUUACAAAUAGAUUACCGCCAAUUAGAAAUGCUACCACGACAAUUUCCAGCUCAUCAACUGCCACUGCCAAUAGCAAUGAUGACUUACAAAAAUAUCAAAAAGCCGCAUUGCAAUCUGGACGAAAAUCCAGUCUGUUAAGUUUUGACUCUGGUCAUGAUGGUGCCUUCCAUAGUCCAUCACAACAAACAUGCAAUAAUCUAUCAGCACCAGCGCAACAGUUAACGACAAACAAUACCGAUCACUCGAUAUCAUCGUGCUAUGAUUUUAUCAGUUCUGAUGAAGCUGACUUUUUGACUGCUGGAACAAAUAAUAAUAGCAGUCAUUUUGACAAAGAUUGCAAGACAAUAUUUGCAACACAGGGAAGAAGCUAUGCGGAUAUACCACAACCACAACAACAGCGGGAACUGUCGUUAUCAUAUUUUUCAUAUGAUAAAAAUCUAAAAAGCCCCACUUUGGGUAAAAAACUGUCAAUGUCAUCGAGUAGUUGCGUGCCUACUAACUCAUCAUCGCACUCGAAGCAACACCAUGGAACUAUUAAUAAAUCAAGUACAAACAUAAUUCAACCACCUGAUAAUGCUGCUCCUGCAGCAGGUGCUGCUACAGAAUCAUCUUCUAUAGUCUCAUCAACAACAGCUGUAGAAAAUGGUUUAGUAUUUCGAGAUGGAAAUCUUAUAUCAGGGCCAUUGGAUGCUCUUAUAGCCCAUAUGGUGCCAUCAGCUCAAUACUAUCCAGAUCGAUCAUUUAUAUUUUCAUUUCUUUUGAGUGCACGUCUCUUUAUUCGGCCGCAUGAAUUACUGGCUCGAAUAUCAGAAACUUGGGAGAAUCAAGAGCAACAACAAAUCGUCCAAUCGUCGAUUGAUACUGUUGAUGAGAAAUACUCUUCUCACCACCAGCCGCAAAGUAUGUGCGAGGGCGGUACGAAAUCGCAGAUGUACCAAUUUGCCGACGAACAAAUGCAUCAGAAGGCUAUGAAAUCUGCUCAAAAUUGUAUUCAACUGCUAUCUGAAUGGAUUGAUACAUUUCCAUACGACUUUCGUGAUGAACGUCUAAUGCAACAUGUUCGGAUUUUGGCCAGAAAGUGUGUCUACAUCGAUAAUAAUCUUGGAAAGACAGUAUCGAGUAUCUUGCAGCAAUUAGUUCAACGUCUUACAGUACUCGAAAAAUACGAAGAGUUUCUGCAAACGCUUACAACAAACGAAUACAACGAACGGCAAACAAACGAAGAACUAGCUGCCUCACAUUAUCAGAAACCAUAUUCGUCAACAGCUUCAUCUGCAUCGGCAUCACAUGGUGGGGGUCAAACUAAUAGUGGUUAUGUACAUUCUUGUUCAAAAUCAACAUCGAGUGAUCGAGAUGACAUAAACGCUUCAUUGUUGGUUGAAUCUUCAAAUGCCCAUUCACAAACAGCUUCCUCAUCAAUGGUGGGUAUUCCUCCUCAUAAGUCACUAUCAUCGUCGUAUACGACUGCGUCUGGAACUUGUCAUCAACAUCAAUUGGCUCAUAACUAUCACCACCAUCACAAUAGUCAUCAAAGUGAUAGUUCUUCGAAUUCAGUCAAUACUCUUGGUCCAGGUGGUGGUGGUGGAGGUGUAGGAGGAGGAAUAGGAAUUGGUAUAAGUGGAUGCACAAGUCUGAGUGGCACUCUAAGUAAUGGCGCUGAAUUGACAGGCAUAUGCGAUUUAUGUCCAAAUGCAGCUCUAUUAGCACAUCAAUUAACACACAUUGAAUUGGAACGACUUUCGCACAUUGGUCCGGAAGAAUUUGUCCAGGCUUUUGCUAAAGAAAAUCACUUGGAAUCAUUUAGUGAUAUGAAGAAAACAAGAAAUCUAGAAUCAUAUGUGCAAUGGUUCAAUAAAUUAAGCUACUUUACUGCCACAGAAAUUGUUAAGUAUCCUAAAAAGAAACAACGUGUUCGAAUAAUUGAAUUUUGGAUUGAAACAGCACGCGAAUGUUUCAAUAUUGGGAACUUCAACAGCUUGAUGGCAAUAAUUGCCGGUCUUAAUCUGUCGCCAAUAUCAAGACUCAAAAAAACUUGGUCAAAAAUACAAUCAGCUAAGUUUUCAGUUCUCGAACAUCAAAUGGAUCCGACAAGCAAUUUUAACAGCUAUCGAUCAACGUUAAAGGCAGCGAUGUGGCGUUCUGAAGGUGCUACAAAUGAAAGAGAACGUAUAAUCAUUCCAUUUUUUAGUUUACUUGUAAAAGAUUUGUAUUUCCUUAAUGAAGGAUGCUCAAAUAGAUUACCAAAUGGACAUAUAAAUUUUGAAAAAUUUUGGCAACUUGCUAAGCAAGUUAUGGAAUUUAAUACAUGGAAAAAAGUCACUUGUCCGUUUGAGAAACUUCCAAAAGUGAUAAUGUUCCUACAAUUGAGUACAGUACUCAAUGAAAAUACUCUCUCGAUGGCAUCGUUUGAAUGUGAACCACCCGAAAACACUCAAGAAAAAGGAAGGUACAAGACUCUUAAAUCUGAGACCAAACAACAGCAGCAUCAACAGCAAACGUAGUAAGGGUUUUAUUAAAUUAAUCAAUAGGUUGCCAUAGGUAUUUAUACACAAUCUACGAAACAAAAAAAAUAUUAAGGAAAAACAAGAAUAUAUAGGAUACACAAGUGAGUGUAUGUGUGUAUGUAUGCGUAUGCAAGUGUGUGUAUGUAUGUAUAUGAAUGAGUGUUGAGAAUGACGAAAAGUUUCAAUUUAUAAUACUUUUGCUCAUAUCUUUUACAAUAUUUUAGUACCGAAAAAAUAUUUUAUGUCUGUUUGCUCAACCUAAAAUUAAAAUUCCUUAAAUCUUUUAUAAAGACAUAUUCAAAUGUUUUUUUUUAUUAAGAUGGAACUCUUUUUCAGAGCCAAAUCUUUUAGAGUUUCUAGGUUUCGUAUUUAGAGGUGCCUUGCAACCAAGAUUUUUGAUGAAAAAAUCCCCCCUUCAUAUUAAAAACAAAAUUGGUGGCUUUUGAUUCCUAAAUGGAGAAGAGUAGAUUUUUUGAAAUAGUACUUGACGUCGUCCUGAUGUUAAAAACAAGUCUCUUGUAUUAAUUACCAGCUUUGACUUUGUUGUCUUUAACUGAUUGACACAUUCAAAUCAAGUAUUCUGUUCUCGUUAAAAUACAAGAAAUCGCGAUUAUGUACAAUCACAAACAAGUAAAUAUAAAUAUCGCAAAUGUUAUUUUUAGCUUGCUAAAAAUCCUUGUACCAUCUAGAAGUGAUGAAAAUUGUAUGUAUUUUAAAACGGAGAAGAGUAGAUUUAUUGAAAUCAUACUUCACGUCCUCCUGAUGUCAAAAACAAGUCUCCUGUAUUAAUUACCAGCUUUGACUUUGUUGUCUUUAACUAAUUCACACAUUCCAAUCAAGUAUUCUGUCCUCGUAAAAAUACAAGAUAUCGCGAUUAUGUAAACCACAACAAGUAAAUACAAA